AUGGUCGCUAUCUCAAUGAUUUGGUUUUUCACCAAACGUAUGCCUAGGAUAUUUGCAUUAGCCUUUAAUUUAAUUUCAAUAUUUCUUUUGAUUUUUCUCCUAAUCGGCUGCUACAAUCCGUCAAAUCAAUCAACCUUUUUAGUCAAGUACAAAUUUGAUGAUAACUCACCGUUUUAUUCGAUCAUAGAAAAAUCGUAUGAAAAAUCCAACACGACCAUAGGCCUAGAGGAAGUCAUUAUAAGAUCUGGUUACAUGGGUGUUUGUAUUGAUAAUAUUCCCUCUCAGUAUAGCUCAUACAAUAAUAUGACUACAUUCUCCAAUUCAAUUUGUUAUGCAAGAAAGAAUUUAAGCUCGGUUCCCUUGUAUAGAGAUUUGGAGAUUCAGCUCUCAAAUAUUGCAUCUUCCAGUUCCAAAACCCAGUCAAGCGUUGUCCUGAACAUUUUGAAGUUGGCCCAACUAACUUCGGUUAAUGUUAUACAUCCAUACGUUUUAAUGACGACAGUAAUUUUGACAAUUCUAAUGUUUUUAUUUAUUCUAUACGUAACUGUCCCUAAGCUACCAUUCAAACUAGCUGUCAAUAGAUUUCUGUUGUUGCUAAGUCCAACGAUAGUUUUGACAUGGGGGAUUGGUGCCAUGUGGACUCAUGUUGGUAUAAAUGCCAGUUAUAGAUUAGUCCCGUCGUCAAGCAUGAAUAUAAUCACUGUCAAGAAAGGUAAAAAGGCAGCAACAAUGGCAUGGUUUAGCUUUGCAUUCCUACUUUUAGAUAGCGUGAUUUUAUGGUUAAUAUUUUUGAGAGAUAGGAAAAGCUUGAAAGAGGAAAUUGAUAAUGUCCCAUGUGCGCAGGGUAGAUACAACAACUACUCUUCAGAUUCAUCCACAUUGCACUCCAAAGUGUAG